AUGCAUCACACCUCGCUUUAUCCUCCUCUCCCCCCAUAUAACGCGGCCAACGCACACCACUUCACUCUCGCUCGACCAGAUCAGGAGCAAUGGCCCGAGUUUACCAUACACAUUGACGCCUCCACGGGCGAGGAACGCACGUUCAAACAGUUCAAGGAACGUGUCUUGGACGCUGCAACUUCUUUAGAUGCUAUCGGCAUAAAACGCGAAGCUGGACACGUCGUCGGCAUGCUGAGCGAGAAUUGUCUUGACUACAUGGUCUUGUUCCACGCUCUCCUCGUGCUCACUGUGCCCUCGUCGCUUUUGUCGUCAUACGCGACCCCACGGGAGCUGUCGCAUGCUGUGCAGCUCACUGGUCCCACACACGUCUUCACGAGCCCAGGACUCGUUCGAAAAGCUCAGGAAGCUGGCGUGCCCAAGGACUGUAUCUUUAUUAUGGGCGAAUCUGGGAAAGAUGGGUAUGUGAGCUUGGGCGAGCUGAUCAAGCAGGCGCAUAGCAAAGGCAUCCCUCGGACGCCUGUGCGUGAGGCCAACAAAGACACGAUUGCGUACUUCAUCUUUUCCAGUGGAACGAGCGGACUGCCGAAAGCUGUGAUGCUCUCUCACGGAAACCUGUGCGCGCUGGUCAUGCACAAUUCGGUCUCGGCGCAGGAGCACGCUAAGGUGUUGCCGCCGCCCCCAGCCACUCCAAAUGCUACGCUUAUCCCGCUGCCACUCCACCACGCAAUGGGACUGAUGGUGGUCAACGUGAUCGGUCUCCUGGCACCAUCUACGAUCGUCAUCCUCUCCCAAUGGGACAUCAAUGCGUGGUUCGAUACCAUUGAGAAAUACCGCGUCCAGAACCUCUACCUCGUCCCUUCCCUCCUGCACCAGGUAGCCCACCACAAGCGCUUCGAGACCACCGACUUCAGCUCGGUCCAGCGCUUCGGCAGCGGCGCAGCGGCGCUCCCCACCUCACUCGCGAACAAGAUCAAGCGGCGCAUCUCCGCCCUCGAACGCGUUGGCUCAGCAUACGGCAUGUCCGAAGCGACCAUCAGCAUCACCGUCACGCCGCAACCCGGCGCGCUCGACGGGCGCGUCAAAGACAUCCAGGGAUCGGUCGGGAUCCUCGUUCCCGGCACCGAAGCGCGCAUCGUGCGAGUGCCUUCUGAAGGGGACGAGUCCGCCUCAGGCGCGUCGGGCGAUCCGGCUGCGGGGUGGGACGGUGACGGCCCGGGCCCUAUGUGUGGGCCCAACGAGCCGGGCGAGUUGUGGGUGCGCGGGCCGCACGUCGCGCUGGGGUAUUAUAAGAACGAGAAGGCGACGAGGGAGACGUUUGUGAAUGGGUGGCUGCGGACGGGCGAUUUGAUGCGGAUUAGUGAGGAUGGUGUGGUUUACUUCGAAGACCGAGCGAAGGACACCCUCAAAAUCUCCGGCAUGCAAGUCUCCCCGCGCGAAAUCGAGGACACGCUCCUCGCGCACCCCGAGGGGCUGCUCAGCGACGUCACCGUCUCGGGCGUGCGCGGCGGCCGCACCGCGGACGAGAAGGUGCCUCGUGCAUGGGUCGUGCUCUCGCCUGCGGGCCGCCGGCUCGUGGGCGAGAAGGAGAUCGUGCAGAGGCUGGAGGCGUGGACGAGGGAGGCGCUUAGUCGGUACAAGUGGUUGAGGGGUGGGGUGGGGAUUGUUGAUCAGAUACCCAAGUCGCCGACCGGGAAGGUGCUGCGCCGUGUUCUUGUUGAGGCGUACGAGAAGGAGAUGGACAAAGAGCAGCUCGUUUACAAGGCGAAGCUGUAA